CCCGAGGAGAUUCAGCAGAAGCUCCUCCGCGAAACCUUCCUCUUGGUGUCACGUCGAGACGACGACGUCUGCAACUUUCUGGAAGGUGGCAGCCUCCUAGCUGGCCAAGAUUACCGACUGAUUUACCGCCACUACGCAACCCUCUAUUUUGUCUUUUGUGUCUUCGUCGAGGCCCUGGACAAGUCCUUUGAGAGUGUCUGCGAACUGGACCUCAUUUUCCACCCGGACAAGGUUCACUACCUGCUCAACGAACUGGUAGUGGGUGGCAUGGUCUUGGAAACGCACAUAUCGGAGAUUGUCAAUCACUAUGAAGAGCAGAACAAGUUGGAGAAACAAGAGGUAGGCAUAUUUGACCUAAUUCUCCCGAGUUUUCACCUUAACAUAGACAUAACGUGA